AGUGCACGAAUUGUAUGUUGUGAUUGGGAAAGUAAAGGUCUAACGUCAAGUCGCGAGAAAUGGCAGGAUUUCGUGAUGCACAUAGUGGAAGACGGCGCAAAAAUGGACCAGAAACAUCCACAAGAAGUCAUCAAGAAUGGCAACAAUUAUGUGGGGAGUUCAACAUUUGUAAGAGAAAGCUCCAAGCCAAAUCAGAUGCCCUUCUUGUUCUUGCCAAGGAACUUGACAACGUGAGACAAGAGAAAGAUGCUUAUAAACUCAUGGCGGAACAACUUAGAGAAAAAUUCCAUGAACAGAGGAAAAAAUAUGAGGAGAGAGAAAGGGCACUUGGGUUAUCUCUACAUGAUGGCGACCCACUAGCCGAGCGGAGAAACCAUACCCUUGUGCAGAUUCUGUGUGAAUCCCGAGCAAAGAAUCGCAAAGCUGAGUUAGAGUUGGCAGAUCUACGCCAGAAGCUAUCGGAAGCAGAGGGAGAUAUCAAGCUUCUGAGAGAGAGCAUAGCUAGACAGCGUAUCGGUGAUGAAGGGAUUGGCACCAGGCACUUCCCUGCUCACGAGAGGGAAGAAUUGAUUAGACAGCUGGAGAAGUCAAGAGAACAGAUUGAAAGCCUGGAGCGAGAUAUGGUGGCGAAGAUCGAUGACCAGCAAGAGUUUGUAACGGAGAGGGAUUAUUACCGAACCAAGACAGAAAGGCUCAAUCAAGAACUCAACUACGUCUUAGGAGGAGAUGACAGGAGGAUCAUUGACGUUGAUGCCCUCGUCAUGGAAAAUAAAUAUUUGAAGGAGAGGAUGAAUCAGAGUCUGGAAGAAAAAGCCACACUGCAAGCAACGAUCAACAAAUAUAAGACUGCUCUUGAGAGGAGGAGAGGUAAAGGGAUCACCAAACCAGGUGGGGGAUCGGGUGCUGUUCUAUCUACCAAAGAUGUUGAGAAUCUGCUUGCACAGGGAAAGUCCGGUGGAAUCUCGGCAUCACCGUCGUCUGUAGGUGACCUUCAGGCUCUCGCUACGUCUCUCUUGGAAACGGUUCAUGAUAAAAACAUGGCUCUAUCUCAUCAAAAGAACACGAACAAGUAAGUGAAUCUCUGAUGUUGGAAAAAAAAAAAAACUUACUCAUGGUGAUUUGCUGGUCUCUCCUCCAAUUAACUGAUCUUUGGUACGUGUAGGUUGACCACUUUAUCAAGGUUUUCCAUACUCAUUUACAAAUAAUGCAGUGGCAUCGUUACAUGCACAGAUUUUGACUCUCAUCAACAUUGGGCCUCCAUUUUACAUCCUAUCAGAGGGACUGGUGUUUUCCAUUGUGACAUAGUCUGUAUCUUGUCUGCUAGUGAAGACUAGAUGCCAAAGUCUCUCACUGUGUCAAAUAGGCAGCCACAGUACAUAGUAAAUCUAGUCUCACUUCUUCAGACUCUGGAUUAUGCACCAUGCAAAUUUGCGUAAAAACCAGACUAGCCUGUAUCUGUGAAACGAGGGAGGACCCGCACAGUAAGACACCACGCAUGCUUCAGUUAUCCACCCGGGUUUGACAGGUGGACGCUUUACCGACUGAGCCAACUUGCUCCUUUAAAGGUGGUGGGAAGAGCUAAUAUUGGAAUUAUUGCCAAGUCCUUACACAUUCUAUGGUAUUACUCCUACAAGAUCAAGCUGUGACCUUGCCCCACGCUAAACUGUCCAUGUGGGACCGAACAAUCCUUCAUUCUACUAUAAAGACGUGCAUAUCUAUUGCACUCUUACAAAUUAAAUCCAGAUGGAUACUAAUAUGUAUAAUAAUGGUUAAAGAUGUUGCC